CUUGGCUGUGAAGAACCCACCCCUGAAUUGAGCGACAUCAGCGCCACCAUGCGAUAUGCCCAUGUCGCUGUUGCCUUGGCAUGGCUUGUUGCAGGGGCCAAGCAAGUCUGCGCGGUUCUCCCAAGCAAAACAAACAACAUCACGCUGGGCUACCUGAUGCCCACGGAGCCACUCAUAGAAUGGAAUCUGGAAGCUUUGAAGUGCGCCGUGCGUUGUGCGGUCGAGGUUUUGAACAACGAUCCAUUGGUGCUGCCGUACACGAGAAUCAAUCUGGUCCAAGCCCCUGACUACGACACUUCGGUCGGCCUUGGGCAAUACAACACAUAUACGGGAGUGAGCGAAUGGAUGAAGCUGCAGUCUAUCGAUAACAUAGUGUCACUAUUCGGCGAAAUGACAUCGGAGACGACGGUGGCACUGGCGACACUGGGGCGUGUUUACCACCUCAAUCAGUUUAGUGUGUAUGCUGGGGACCCGACCCUCUCCGACAAAUCAAGCUACCCGUACUUUUGGAGAUUUGGUGUCUCGGCGGCGUUUUCGUCAGCGUCGCUGCCGUACUAUAUCAAAGCCGCCGGAUGGUCAUAUAUCAAUAUGGUAUACAGCUACGACUCAUUUGGAAAAGGAAUGGCCAAUAUCUUUCGCCAGAGCUGCCAGAUCCUCAAUGUUACUAUUGUUUCGGAUUAUGGAUUUGAUCUGAGCGAGAAUAUCAACACAACCACAAGCAAUUCCUGCAAACAAGCCAUCAAGAGCGGAUCGCACAUCUUGGUCUUGAUCACUUCGUCGUCGUUCGAUGUUGCGAGUUACUUUUACGGAGUGAGAAAAAUUCUUGGCGACACUUACGUAUUCAUGUCCAUCGCGCCACCCGCGAUCAAAAUGAACCUGAUGACACCCGAGUUUUUGGAUGGGUUGUGGGGGAUCAUCACCCCCGAACUGGCCCUUACAUACAACCCGCAGUGUGAGCUCCCCAGUAUCUGGGAGCAGCUGAGCAGCACUGUUCCAAUAUGCAACAUCAGUCUGCCCCUUGCGACCGAUGUCUAUUCUGUCUAUGCCUACGAUCUCGUGCGUCUUCUCGGACUCGCGCUGCAUGAGCUCCUGGGCAAUCAGCAAAAUCUCACUCCAAGCAUGAUCGCCGACGCGCGAGAGGCUCUGACGGCAAACUACAUAUCUCAAUUUGAGUUGGUCAGCAACUGCACAGGAAAUUUGCGCCUGAACAGCAACGGCGAUACGAGUCUUCCAUACAACUACAUUGAGUUUAUAGGCUCAGGAUUCGAUCCGCAUGUGGGAUACUAUCCAAACAUUGUUCCCGUCGGAGUUUUGGAAAACGAAACAAUCGUAAAUAUGACGUACUGGUUCAACGGAAGCUUCUACGGCAGUUUUCCUACCGAUAUCCUCCCAGUUGUCUGCCCAAACUACACCAUCCGAUCGUUCGUCUUUCUAAUGUCUCGACAACAAGUAGUUUGCCAACCCUGCGCGGAUGGUGCAACAUGCCUCUCCGGCAGUCCCGUGACGGCGCAGGCCAAUUUUUGGAUUGGUCUCGAUCAAAAUGGCGAAAUCCUUUCCUUCGAAUGCCAAGACAACAGCCAGUGCUGUCCGUCGGGUGGAUGUGAGCUCGAGCAUCUUUGCCAAGGCGGCUUUGAAGGUCCACUGUGCGCCUACUGCUCGAACAGCUCGCUGUUUGAAUGCUACCUCGGCAUCAUCAUAACAUUUGCCAUCGGCUCGUUUCUGUGUCUGACGAUCUACAUCCUCAUUCCCAAGUCAUAUAGCUACUUUGUUGUCGACUUGGCGUUUUUUUAUCAGCUCUGUGCAAUGCUUCCGCACGACUCCUCCGACGGGAUCACCACGCUGCUCGCCGUGGUCACGCUGAGAAUUGAUAUUGGCAGUCCUGUUUGCAUAUUACCGAUCCGCUCGCUCUAUAAAACCCUGUUUUUGAUGCUCUUUCCGGCGGUGCUCUUCGCUGAGCUGGGAAUCAUUAUCCUUGCCGGAAGGUACAUUGGCCGACUUUCAUACUGGAAAAACACCAACACCACACUCUACCGGAUAUCGGCACGCCUAUGGUCGAUUUCAAAGAUGGGGUUCAUUCCGUCAGCCAUUGCGACCGUCCUUGAUCUCUACUUGUCGACCAACAUCCCGUUACUUUCAUCAGCGAUAUCUACCUUCAACUGCCUCUCGGUCAACUCGCAGCAGCUUCUCCAGAUCGAACCCACGAUUCAGUGCUGGACGGUACCGCAUUACAUCCUGAUUUUUGCAGCAAGCGCCAUAAUGGUCACCUUGGUCGGGAUCAUUCCAUUCCACAUCAUCCGCAAGCUGCGGUACCUCAAGAAACAUAGCCUGGUCAGCUACAAUAUUGACACUGCGUACUCGGCGCUUUACAGGCCAUUCAAGAAACAGUACUACUGGUUGAUCAUCCUCGACAUUCUCGAGAGAACAAUUGCAGUCGUUCUCCUUCAGUACCAGUGGAAACAUGCAGCCACGGUGUUUGCCGUGUCGUUUUUGUACCUUGCCGGGGUCACGAUCGAGAGAUCCUUCAUGAUGCAAUACUGCUCCUAUACCGACAAUAUCAUGAAGAUUGCAACUCUGGCGUGCCUCACAAUCUUGCAUUGCACGCGGUUUCUUCGAGUGGAUCUGCAGCAAAUCGUGGCCUCGUCCCUGUUCAACAACGGCCUUGGGUACCUUGAGUUCAUUUGCCUCGGCCUCCCUUUGCUCUUUGUCCCGCUAAAAGUCCGGUCGAUGGUCAAAGAAUUCUCCUUGUCCAACACAACAAUGACGCUUUCGUCACAGGCUUUGAGACGCGAGAUGAGCUCGAGAAAGCCUCCGUCCAGACAGACGACCCAGCUCGACCUCCUGCGGGCAAGUAGCAACACCUUCAAAGGACCGGCUUUGUAUCGGAGUGAUACAAUCUCAUAG